CAUAAGUAAUAACCCGGUCCCUGCGCCCGCUCGUCCGGGGCAAAAAAAAAGCAAUCAGUCCAUCUCAGUCUCCGCAACUUGCACCAACACCGACCAGCGUGCAGAAUCGCCUCUCACCCGUCCCUCUUUUGCGCUGCCUGUUCUGCCUCGUGUCGCGUGCCUGGCUGCACUGUGCCCUGCUGUCUGGCGCCCUGCUGCCUUGCCCGACCCCCGAUGACCAUGGACGACGACAUGUACGGGACCGAAAAGAGCUUUGGGAGAGCCUCGCAGGGAUCCGACUACUAUGGCGAGUCCUCUCGCUACAAUGAAGGCCUCGGCCGCCGCAUGCUCGACAGCUUCAAGCGGGAUCCCAACUUCGCCAUGACCAUGACGCCAAAGACGACCGUCGGUGCUGAUAGCAACAUGUUUGAUCCAGAGGCUGCUGCAACUAAUACUGCAAACUCGCCGCUUGCUCGGAGGCUCAAGGGUCGCCACUUGCAGAUGAUAGCCAUCGGAGGUUCCAUUGGUACCGGUUUAUUUGUCGGCUCUGGUCAGGCACUAGCAAAUGGUGGUCCAGCGGCGCUCGUCAUAUGCUACUGUCUCGUCGGUAUCAUGCUCUACACCACCGUCCACGCACUGGGUGAAAUGGCCGUCCUCUUUCCGGUUGCUGGUUCCUUUUCCGCAUACUCGACACGCUUCCUGGAUCCCGCUUGGGGCUUUGCCAUGGGUUGGAACUACGCUCUGCAAUGGCUUGUUGUGCUCCCGCUCGAGAUUGUCGCUGCCACCUUCACUAUUGAGUAUUGGAACGGCGAUGCGGUCAACAACAAUGCGUGGGUCGCCAUCUUCUUGGUCCUGAUUGUUGUCAUUAAUCUGUUUGGUAUCAAGGGAUACGGAGAGGCCGAGUUCGUUUUUGCUAUCGUCAAAAUCACCGCAGUCAUUGGCUUCAUCAUCCUCGGAAUCAUCAUCAACAUUGGCGGCGGUCCAGACGGCGGUUACAUUGGAGGAAAGUACUGGCACGAUCCAGGACCCUUCAACAACGGCUUCAAAGGUCUCUGCAGCGUCUUCGUCAACGCCGCCUUCGCCUUUUCCGGCACUGAGCUCGUUGGUCUUGCUGCUGCUGAAACAGCCAAUCCACGCAAGUCGCUUCCCACGGCCGUCAAGCAAGUCUUUUGGCGAAUCUCCCUCUUCUACAUUGUCUCGCUCACUGUCGUCGGUCUGCUCGUGCCAUACAACAACCCACGCCUCCUCCAGGACAAGAAUAAUGUCGACGCCGUAGCCUCUCCAUUCGUCAUUGCCAUUCAGAAUGCCGGCAUCGAAGGCUUGCCCUCCGUCUUCAACGCCGUCAUCAUGAUUGCUGUCCUCUCCGUCGGCAACUCGUCCAUCUAUGGUUCCUCACGCACACUCGCAGCGCUGGCCGAACAGAACCAAGCCCCCAGAAUCUUCGCGUACAUCGACCGCCAAGGCCGCCCUCUCGUCUCCAUCGCCUUCGCCUCUUCCCUCGGCCUCCUUGCCUUCCUCGCCGGAGCAGAGCGCCGCCUCCAAGAUGCAGCCUUCAACUGGCUCCUCGCCCUAUCCGCUCUCUCCGCCGUCUUCACAUGGGCCUCCAUCUGCCUCGCACACAUCCGCUUCCGCCAGGGCUGGAAAGUCCAAGGCCACAGCCUCAGCGAACUCGCCUUCCGCUCGCAACCCGGCCUCAUCGGCUCCUACAUCGGCUUCGGCCUCAACAUCCUCGUCCUUGUCGCCCAAUUCUACGUCUCCGUCGCUCCAAUCGACAUGGCCGUUCUAUCUACCUCUCAGCGCCUCCAACGCUUCUUCAGCGUCUAUCUCGCUCUUCCCGUCACACUGGCUUUUUACUUUCCCUACAAGUUCUGGUUCCGUACUUCGGUCGUUCGCUCACACAAUAUGGAUCUCGUGACGGGUAUCAGGGAACUCAACAUCCAGGCUCUGAUCGAGGAAGAGCGUGAAGAAAAGAAGAAGUGGCCUAGGUGGAAGAAGGUCUACAAGUUCUUUUGUUGAUAGAUGUAAUACCCCCCCGACGCAUUUUCUUUUUUCUUCGCCGUCUUUUCUUUUGCACAACCGUCUUCUCCUUUUUUCCCAGCGUUUAGCGACAUGGCGCCUUACAUUUACUUACACCCACUUCUCCUUCCUUCUUGUGUUUUGCGGUGCUCCUCUGUGGUACCAGGCGGCAUGUCGCCCUUCCCAUUCGGGCAUUUGCGCAGCCUUGCGAACCUCCCUUUUUUACUCCUCUUCCUCCUAUUCUUCUCAAGUACGCUUUCACUUAGAUAUAGGGGUCCUAUAUAGUAAUACGUAACUCUACCAUAUCAAGCCGCGUCACAAACGGCAAAAACACUGC